UCGGGCUCCCCGCGCCCCCUUCCGGGGUUUCCCUGUCACGUGGCAAGGGAGCGGCUGUUGCAGCGUAAGGGGCCGGGGGAGAUAUGCCCGGUAGGAAGAGGAAACGAGCUUGGGAUGCUGAAUGUACAUCUUUUCCAGAUGAGAUACCUCUAGGGUUGAGAAAAGCAAAUGCUGGGACAGCAGUGGCAGCUACUUCCAUUUCCAAUGCAUGGCUUAAAUGUGGCGAUGGAUUUCAGAGCACUUCCAUGCUUGAGACAUCAGAAUCUCCUGAAAAGAAGUCUAGAGGUGAUAAGCAUCUUGAGCCACUGCUUACCUCUGCUGAAGGAACACUAGGAGUUUCUGCUGCUGUGAACCCAGAAGAGUUUGCAGACAUAAUAUGGAGCUCCAGUGGCAGCGACUUCUCAGAUGAUGAGAAUAAAAUAUUGAUUUCAAGGUUGUAUAACCAAAAGAGUCAUGGUUCCAAAGCACAGAAAUCUUACAGCAAGCAUAACUUAUUGUCCGAGGACAGGAGUAGCGAAGGUGAACUACAGUUCAUUGACUGGGAGAAAGACAGUGAUCCUGGGAAUAGUGGUGAUGAAUGCAGUGGAUCAGGAAAAGAUGACAGUGCAUUGGACAUAUCAGACUCUGAUUCCUGUGCAAGCAGUAAUUAUCCACCCCUUGAAGAGAAGGAAGGUGAACUUCUUAAGACAGUUUCUACAGAAAUUUCUGAAUAUUCAUCUGAGAGUGAAAACCUGGAAGAAGGCCAGGGGGACACAGAGUCUUCUAAUUUUGGAUUUAGCAAAAAGCUACAAUCAAGUUCUGAAGCAGAUCUGGCACAGGCAACAGGCAGAUCUGCAAGUGACUGGCUAAAAUCAGCACAGGCCCUUCUGCAGACACCUAAGAAACAAUUAGAUAAGACCUCAAGGACUCCAGAAGAUUCUGCAAAGAAAAGGAAAUUGCUGAGGGGAGGGCUAGCAGAGAGGUUAAAUCGGCUGCAAAACAGAGAGCGAUCUGCCAUUAGCUUUUGGCAACAUCAAUGUGUUUCAGAGUAUAAAACCUCUUCAGGAGGCAAAUCUGGUGUAUUAAUUGUGAAGAUCUUGGAGGUGCAUGAGGAGUGCACUAUACAAGUUGCUCUCUGCCAGCAUUUGGGACAGCUGUCUACUGACAGCUCCUCUGAAGAUGUUGUCGUUGAUACUGAGCCCAGAGUCAAAGUUCUCUUUACAAAGGAAACAGCAGCUCACCUCAAGGGAGGCCCACAGGAUAUUGUCCACAUCUAUCCUCCCUGGCAAAAGCUCCUUCUCCGUAAUGAAAAUGUCCCUGUUAUCAUGAAUACAUAUUUUAGUCAGAAGAUUCUUCUCAAAGAUCAUGCAGAAGUGAAAGAUAGGACACGUUGUCCAGAGAAGUUGCAUAUUAGAAGGAACGUUAUAUCUUUGGCACAAAUAUUCAGAUUAAAUGAUCUCAGAGACAGUCUGCCACAGGAAUCUGCAGUUAAUCAGGUUGCUUGUACCAAUAUGAUUACACCAAAGACUGUACAGACUAACAGCAACCCUGAGUCCAAACUACAUCCCUUUGCACUCAGUGCCCCAAAUGACUCUCUCCUAGAAGUGGUGGAAAGCCAGGGAGCAGCGGGGUGGAAGGAAGUGCAGGUACAAGUGGUUGUCCAAAGGGCGUAUUAUCUGCCUUCAAGAGAGGGUUUCAGAUGUCAGCUUCAAGGAAAUAACCCAAUUCGUUAUGCAACGCCAAUCUUAAAUUCGGAUCUGCCAAAUGUUAGAUUAUGCCUCCUUGUUCAGGAUGCCUAUGGAAUGUUCAGUGAAGUGCAGUUGCAGAUCCUCUGUUCUUCAGAGGACAUUGAACAGCAUAGCAGGAGAUGGGAAGGAAAAUCCUGCAUGUUAGCUGGAAUAAGAAUUUUGCAGAGAACCACAAGGGGAAGGGCAUUGGGACUUUUCAGUCUGAUAGACAGUUUGUGGCCUCCAUUAGUGCCUCUAAAAGUUCCUGGUCAAAGUCAAGACUGUGAAGCGAUUAAAACUAAUCUUCCUCCUCCCAGCUUCUGUUACAUUCUUACGGCUCAGCCUGAUCCAAGACAUGUCAAUAUAGGUCAGGAAGGACAGAUUUCCAAUUUCUACCUGCCCCCAACUAUACGUAGUCUAAAGGCAAUUCUUCAGGUUGGUGAUUUUAAUCAACGUUGUAGCUUUUGGGCACAAGUUAUAUAUCGAAGGCUGCAGGUAAAAUGUAGUGUUUCUGUGGGUCAAAGGGAGUUGUGGUUAUUUGUGACUGACUUCGCACUGCAGAGCGGGACUAAAGACAACUGUGGAACUCCAAAGACUGUACCUGUAUAUUUUGCUUCAUCAUGUGUUCUUGGUGAGAAAGUUAUGGAGGCACUCACCAAUGCGUCCCACUGUGUUAUCUUCUUCAAGGAUGCUUUGCGAGGAAAUGGUAGGAUUAUUUGUGUUGAACGUACCAUUCUCUCCUUACAAAAGCCCCUUUUGUACAUGGCUGCCGAGGCUGACUUUAGUGAGCUGACUAGCCCUGUCAAACUAGAUGAACUGGAUUCUACAACACAGGCCAAUUCCAUUUGUACCGUAAAAGGCACCAUCUCUGGAGUUAACAAGAACACUGCCUUCUCUUGGCCCACAUGUAACAGAUGUGGCAAUGGAAAACUGGAGCAGCAUCCACAGGAUGGGGGAUCAUAUUACUGCAGCUUGUGCUCCCAAAUUUUACCAGUUCUCAAAAUGCAACUGGAAGUCUUUCUGCACUGUCCAUCCCGACCUCAUUGUACAGUAAAAGUAAAGCUCUUACAAGAAACAAUUUCUUCUGUCCUGAUGGCAUCAUCCAGUGAGGAUGGGAGUUAUGAGGUGAAGAGUGUGCUGGGAAAGGAGGUGGGGUUAUUAAACUGCUAUGUCCAGUCUGUAACCAACCAUCCUAGCUGUGUUGUAUUGGAGGAAAUUGUCCUUCUGGAAGCAAGAAGAAACUAACCUGAAUGCUGUCAGCUACUAUAUCUAUGGACUUUGUAAUGUGGUUAUUUGAUAACUAUGCCCACAGAUAAUGUAUAAUGCAAGCAUGAUAAGUAGUGAGGUAGUUUACUAAAACUGAUUUAGAAAAUAUAUUAUUGCUAAACAAACUAUGUAAAAAAAAAAUUCUGAAUGUUUAUAUUGUUUUUGAUCAGUCCGGAAGUUGAGUAUAGUUCUUGAGAGUGUUCUGUUGGAAUAAAUGUUCAUGAAUGUAAAACAACUUGUCCUGGAGGUUUGAAUGUUUGUAAAGCAUGUUUUUGGUGAUAUUUUUAUAAUAGGUGUUAUGAAUAUUUUAAUUUUGUGUGUAUCAAAAGAAUAAUUUUUUAAAAAUUUUUUGAGUAAAGAUUUUAGCAUGAAUGGUGGACCUUAAUUAAAUUAUCUGUUUUAAUAAUUUCCAGAAGCAUUAUACCCUGCACACCAUUGAUACUUAACUGUAACAUUACCACACUGCAAUAAAUAUUAAAUACAGAUUUGAAUGAGCCUCGUUAUCUUUCAGAUGUGAUAAAUGGUGUCAAAGGUAUAUUCAACUAAUGUUUUAUAGUUAGUCAUAGUCUAAAUAUAGAAAUACUGUGGCAUCUAAAUUUCCCAUGAGGUGGAUGUUUCAUUUAUAUAGUAUGUGUUUGAAAAGUAAAGAAGAAACUGGUUCAGGAGUGGUAUAAUCGUACUGAUAGCUGCACAUAGAUAGGGUGAUAUGGUUAUAACCUUAAUCUGAGUUUUUUAUCCCAGUCUUCUUUUGUGUUCAUAACUGAAAUUUAAUGUAAGACUAGACCUUAAGGUUAAGGCACCGACUGAUUCUUUUCUUUGCUCUGUACAGCACAGAGCACAGUGUUUGCACUUAGUGAAAAAAACAAUAGACCAGAGUUAUACGGUAACUAGUUUUGCAUGAAAAGAUUUUGCCACCUGAUCUGUGGCUAUUGAAUAGACAAAUAACUGUAUAUCUGUCUCCUACUAGUCAUUUCAGAUAAUGGAAUGACUUUUGAGCACUAAUAAAUAACCAAGCCUUUGAGUCAAAAAAGACCAUUUCUUCCUUAGUCAUUUUAUCUUAAGAAAAAGCUACAAACACUGGGCCUAGUCCAUCAGAUAAUAUCAGGUGUAAUACUUACUGCUGUGAAUAGUCCCACUGAAAUCUAUGGAACUAUUUUCUGCAGGUAAGCACUACACCCUAGUAGUGUUUGCAGCAUUAGGCUGAUUUUCUGCAGGUCACUGCUGCCCCCACACAGCUGUGCUGUUAAUAAGUAUACUUCCAGAUUAUGAACAAAUUUAGAUGACUAAACUGACAAAUAUAUGCAGUUAUUUUCAAUGGCAGUUCUGCCUCUUGGACCCUCACUGUCAGUAGAACUGCACAAUAAAGGUGGUCAGUUUGUUCAUGGAGUAUAAUUCAGAAUACUAAACCUGUAUCCACACACAAACUAAAGAGUCAUGUACUUGCAGCAAUAAUGUAAAUAACCUGUUCAUUCCACAACGAAUACAUUUUUCCUGUGAGAUUUCAUAGCCUUAAAACCUCUUUGUACAAGUAACAAUAUACGUGGCUUGACCUGAUUUAGGGUUAUCUUACAGCUGGAACUCUUAACUGUUGUCCUGAGUUUUUAAAUUUAAUAGCAAAAUUUAGCUUCCCUUGUUUUGUUUGUUAUGCUACUUGAGAACCAUGAUAGGAAAUGGUCUACUGGUUGUUAAGAGUUCAGUCACUGGUCGAUACAGUUAGCUUGAACUGUUAUAAAUAGUAAUUACUGACAACAUUUGUACAGCAGAGUGUAGUCGGAGCAGGAAGGUAUACUUUAUAACCAUUACACUGGCAGAAAUGAAUUUUAGCCCUAUUAAUGAAUACCAAAGUGUUGCCUCCAUUUUCUUUUGAGAUGUUUAAAACGUUUAUAGUGCACUAAAUAAGCCUACUUGUUUUUCUUCCCUAAUUUAAUAGUAUGGAAAUUAAACUUUUUAAAAAGUUGUACUUAAAGCACACCUCCAGUUUGGGUUUUACUGAAGAAUCACAAUUUCAUAUUAAGAACAGGAGUACAGACUAACACGGCUGCUACGCUGAAAUUUUCAUAUUAAUACUACUACGCAUGGUUGUUAACUCCUGGGAAGUACAGCUCCACCUGUUGCAUUUACUCUCAACCCCUGGCUCCAAAGAUAGGGCAAAGACAUGAAGCAGAAGUGAUUAAAAAUGCUUUUUUAUUCUUAGAAAUGCUGUAAAAAUUGAUAUAAAAGGUUGAGCAUGCUCAGUCUUUUUCCUCCUCCUAUCUACAGUAUAAAGGAGUUUUGAAUCAUUUUUACAAAUGUACCAUAGCUGCAUCAAUAUGAAUAAAAUGUAGAAAAAGGACAAAAACGACUAUUACAAAAAUAAUUUAAGGGGAAAACCACAAAAGUUUAGCUUUUUUCCCUUUCUCUAUAUAUAUAUAAUUUUUUUUUGCAAGUUUGGCGGUUAAAAACACAGGCCGAGCCCAAUCUUGCUA